AUGCCAACCUUGGAUGACAUUCUAGAGCAUAUUGGGGAAUUUGACUUGUUCCAGAAGCAAGCCUUUUUUGUCUUAUGCCUGCUGUCUGCCUCCUUCACCCCUAUUUACGUGGGUGUUGUCUUCUUGGGGUUCACUCCCGAACACCGCUGUCUCAGUCCUGGAGUUGCUGAGUUGAGCAGCCGAUGUGGCUGGAGUCUAGAAGAGGAGCUGAAUUACACCGUUCCAGAGCAGGGGAGACAUGGGGAGUCUUUCUCUAGUCAGUGCAGGAGAUACGACGUGGACUGGAACACAACUGGCCUCAGCUGCAUAAACCCCUUAGAAAACUUCACCGGUUAUGGCAACAGGAGCAGUAUCCCUCUUACCCCCUGUCAAGAUGGCUGGGUUUAUGAUUCUUCAGGAUCAUCCAUCGUGACUGAGUUUAACCUGGUGUGUGAGGACUCCUGGAAGGUGGAUCUCUUUCAGUCCUGUGUGAACGCUGGCUUUUUUUUGGGAUCAGUAUGCGUCGGCUACAUAGCAGACAGAUUUGGCCGUAAACUUUGCCUUAUAGUGACAAUCCUUCUAAGUGCCACCUCUGGAGUUCUUGUGGCCUUCGCACCAAGCUACCUUUGGAUGGUGAUCUUUCGCUUCCUACAAGGACUGGUCAGCAAGGGCAGCUGGACAGCAGGCUACAUCCUGAUCACAGAAGUUGUUGGCCCAAGCCAUAGGAAGACAGUGGGAAUUCUCUAUCAAGUGGCCUUUACAGUUGGACUUCUCCUGCUCGAUGGUGUUGCUUAUGCUAUUCCUCACUGGAGAUGGUUGCAGCUUACUGUUACUCUACCAUGCUUCCUCCUCUUGCUCUAUUACUGGUGUCUGCCUGAGUCUCCAAGGUGGCUGAUAUCUCAGAAGCAAAAUGACAAGGCCAUGAAGAUUGUGGACUAUAUUGCCAAAAAGAAUGGGAAAAAGCUGCCUGCCCAUUUUCAGAAUAUUAACCUUGAAGAGGAAGAUGGGGAAAAUCUGAGUCCUUCAUUUAUGGACCUUGUCAGGACACCUCAGAUGCGGAAACACACAUUCAUUUUGAUGUAUAUCUGGUUGGCCAGCUCUCUUCUGUACCAGGGGCUCAUCAUGCACAUGGCAAUGGCUGGUGGGAACAUGUAUCUGGAUUUCUUCUAUUCUGCCCUUGUUGAAUUUCCAGCUGCCUUCAUUAUCCUUCUCACAAUCAAUCGCAUUGGCCGUCGCUAUCCCUGGGCUGUGGCAACUCUGGUGGCAGGGGCUGCCUGUCUCAUUAUGGCUUUAAUCCCUGAGGAUAUUCACUGGCUAAAAGUGACUGUAGUUUGCAUUGGGAGAAUGGGAAUUACAAUGUCUAUCGAAAUGGUUUGCUUUGUAAACACUGAACUGUACCCAACAUUUUUGAGGAACCUUGGUGUAAUGGUCUGCUCUUCCUUGUGUGACGUUGGUGGGAUACUAGCCCCGUUCGUUGUCUAUAGGCUGGCAGAGAUCUGGCAUGAGCUGCCACUUAUAGUUUUUGCUGUGGUUGGUUUAAUUGCUGGUGGAUUGGUGUUGUUGCUGCCUGAAACCAAAGGGAAAACGUUGCCUGAGACUAUUGAAGAUGUAGAAAACUUGCACAGGUGA